AUUAUAUCCGUAAUCAUCCUAUGUUCCCGUCGUCAUACAUCCGUAAUCCGUAGUCCGUACUGAUAUAGCUCUUUUAAAUCACUCACUCAGGAGCUAAAGGUACAACUCUAGCUAUUUUUAAAGAAAUGUCAGUCUGCCCAGCUUCAGCACGUAUCAUUAAGAAAUAUUAAAUACCUACUAACUAGAAAUACUGUGUAAAAUGUAAUAUUAAAAAUAUAUGCUCUUCCCCGUCUUAUCUUAGAAAAGUAGUAUAACUUCUUCUAGGCGUAAUAUUUCCUAAUUUUCAGUUAUCCCAAUGACUAAACUAAAUAAGGGAAGGUCAUCGUAAGUUUUGGUUCACGGCAUUUAUUGUUUCCCCGUAUAUUAAAGUGCAAUGUCUGAAAAGCUAGCCAGGAAUACAGUGCUGAAGAAACAUGAGGUUGCUAGGCCCGUACAUAUACAGCGGUUAGAGGCUGCACUGGAUAUACGCUCGUUCGUUAGUCAAGUAGAGAGGAUACUGAAUUCUGAUGAUCAAUCCGACAGCGACGACGAUUCUAAAUCUUUAAUUAAUGAAAUAUCCAGGAAUGACCGAAUUCUGCACGGUGUUGUCACAACGAAACAAGAACGACAAAGUGACCGACUUCGCCUCUACAAUUUCUCUUCCGUUGGAGAAGAAAGACAGUGGAUAAGAGAUGUUCUUCUCUCUUCUGAAUCCGAAACAAGUACAGAUGAUGAAACGACAGAGUCAAAAGAGCUUAGAUUAAAAAGAAUAUUGAAAGAAAGGAGAUACCAUAACAGAUAUGCUAGACGUUAUUAUAAAGAUCCUACAAACACCCGCUACAUGUACUAUGGGGCUGGUGUUUUGUCUACUGUGGAUCGGUACCCUGAACGCCGUGUCAGUCGACCCAUGCCUCAACUACCGGGAAGUAGAGGCCGUCGAGGUCGUCCAUCCGAGAGAGGGUCUACUAGGGGCUUUAGUAAAUCUAGAAGGGGAAGACUUCGAGAUGCACGGUGUAAUGAAAGUAAUGAUUUGCCUGACGGAGUUGAUUGGGAGGAACAGUUACGGCAUCUGAAGGAAGAGAAUGAUCCAGAUGAUUUUAGCAUAGCUAAUGAUAAACAGGGGGCCAGGGGGCGUAAAAAGUUAUCGACGUUGAAGAGUCCCGAAGCGCUAACAGCACGAAGGCGUCGACACUGGCUUUUGCUCGUAAAGAAGGAAUUGGGUAAAGUACAAAGAGCAAGAGCAGCCACUCAUAGAGAAGUUACACUUCAGAGGAAAAGAUUAGCUACUUUGUGUUGUAAGCAUUGGCGGCAUAUUGCUAUGCAGAGUCAGAAGAACAUGAAAGAGACCGUGUGGCGUUGCAAGCGGCUGAGUCGCGAGAUGCAGGCCUACUGGCGCAGGUACGACCGCGCCGAGCGAGAGACCAGGAGGCGGAUGGAAAAAGAAGCCGAAGAACAACGCAAGAUGGACGUAGAAUUGAUGGAAGCAAAGCGUCAACGUCGCAAAUUGAAUUUUUUGAUAACGCAAACCGAGCUGUACGCUCACUUCAUGCAGCGGAAGAUGAGUGCAGUGGAGGACAGCGACACCGGAGCCGAUCAUAUACUCAGGCAACUGGACGAAGACCGAGAUCCCAGGCUGGCUUCUAUAGAUUGUUACGACAGCGAAGAGAUGAAGGCGCGCGCGUCCCGCAACGCUCGCGAGGCGUUCCGCGCGGACCGCGCCCGCACCGAGCUGUUCGACGCGAGCGCGCGCGCCGCCGAGCCGCGCCGCCGCGCCAGCGACCACGACCAGCCGCACAUCUUUCGCGGGACGCUCAAGGGUUACCAGCUCAAGGGAAUGAACUGGCUGGCCAACUUGUACGAUCAGGGCAUCAGCGGCAUUUUAGCGGACGAGAUGGGCCUCGGCAAGACGGUGCAGUGCAUAGCGUUCCUGUGCCACGUGGCCGAGCGGCUGGGCGUGUGGGGCCCGUUCCUGGUCGUGUCUCCCGCCUCCACACUCCACAACUGGCAACAAGAGAUGCAGAGAUUCGUGCCAGAUUUUAAAGUAGUCCCGUACUGGGGAAGUCCAAGCGAACGGAAAAUCCUCCGUCAGUUCUGGGAGCGUAAGGACCUGCACACGCAAGCGGCCGCUUUCCACGUGGUCGUGACGUCAUACCAAAUAGUCGUCUCCGAUCUCAAGUAUUUGAAUCGCGUGUCCUGGCAGUACAUGAUACUGGACGAAGCCCAAGCCAUCAAAAGCUCCGCGAGUAUGCGAUGGAAGCUCUUACUUGGGUUCAGCUGCAGGAACAGAUUGUUAUUAUCCGGCACUCCGAUACAAAACAGUAUGGCCGAGCUAUGGGCUCUAUUGCAUUUCAUAAUGCCAACAUUAUUUGAUUCACAUGAAGAAUUUAAUGAAUGGUUCUCCAAAGACAUUGAAAGUCAUGCAGAAAAUAAAAGCACUAUAGAUGAAAAACAUCUAUCCAGACUGCACAUGAUUUUGAAACCGUUUAUGUUACGUCGAAUAAAGAAGGAUGUGGAGAAUGAAUUGUCUGACAAAAUAGAGAUCAUGGUCCACUGUCCUUUGACUAUAAGACAGAAAUUAUUGUACAUAGCUCUUAAGAAGAAAAUAAAGAUAGAAGAAUUAUUACAUUUCUCUGUGGGUGCUGAGUCCGGGCACAAUGUUGAUAAAAAUUUCACAUCGAAUCUGAUGAAUUUGGUUAUGCAGUUCAGGAAGGUUUGCAAUCACCCCGAGCUGUUCGAGCGGCGCGACGUGAGGUCUCCCUUCACGAUGCUCCUCGACGAUUACAACCUGCCGAAGCUCGUGGUCGAAGACUGCAUCCUGAUUCGUUCGACGUCCUCAAAACGCCAUCUCCUAUACAACCGGCUGUCGAUACUGACGCCGGGCCACGUGCAGAGCGGGGUCGGCGCCGGCAGCUGCUUCGGCUUCACGCGGCUCGUGGACGUGUCGCCGCGGGAGUUACACUUGCUGACGUCAUGCGGCUGGCUGCACGCCAUGCUACACAUCGAGCAAUGUCUAGAGAAAUACGAAAAACUCCGACACAGACAAGACUGGUGGUACAGCGAAAACAUUAGCGCCCAGACCACGUCCGAUUAUUAUAGAGUUAAUAGUAAAGAUAUGCUUUUGAUAUGUCCCGACGGAGAUGUGUUGAAGAAGAGAAAAGAGGACAGUUUGUUGUGGAAGGAGUUGCUGUUUACCGAUCCGCUGUGGGUCGAAGGUGGUCCAUUCUUCGCACACACGGAUGUCGUGUUGCAUUACGUACCGGAAACGGUCGAGCACAGGACGAUGCGUCUGAGGAACUUGAAAGAUAACGGGCAGUCAGAUAUGUUGAGUGAGAUAAAGACAGAAGACGGAGGGGUUGUGGCAGUAAAGACUGAGGAAAUACCAGAAUUCGAACACGUGGAACGGCCACCUGAAGUUUUCCCUGUUAUGGCAACACCGAUGCCCGCUUUCUUGUACGCUGCUCAACAGAAGGUCUGCGCGAGCACGCUGACUCCGUUCGCGUCGUCGCGCAGCUUCGCGUACUACAUGACGCGGCACCGGCACGCCGAGUGCAGGGCGGGGUGCGAGACGUUGGGGCGGCUGUGCGCGGCGAGCAGGCCGCCCUACGGAUGGGCGACUAUACAAGUACCCGAUAAGAACCAGUUGGUGAGCGACGCUGGAAAGCUGACGGUACUGGACUCGCUUCUGAAGAGGCUGAAGGAGCGCGGCCAUCGCGUUCUCAUCUACAGUCAAAUGACGAAGAUGAUUGAUUUGUUAGAGGAAUACAUGUGGCAUCGUAAACACAAGUACAUGCGGCUGGAUGGCUCCAGCAAGAUCUCCGCCAGACGAGACAUGGUUGCUGAUUUCCAGGCCCGGACGGAUAUAUUCGUGUUCCUUCUGUCCACUCGAGCCGGAGGUCUGGGCAUCAACUUGACGGCGGCCGAUACGGUUAUAUUCUACGAUUCGGACUGGAAUCCGACAGUUGAUCAGCAGGCCAUGGACCGGGCUCAUCGUUUGGGACAGACCAAACAGGUCACAGUCUACAGGCUGAUUUGUAAAGGAACCAUCGAGGAGAGAAUAAUGCAACGAGCCAGGGAGAAGAGUGAGAUCCAAAGAAUGGUGAUCAGCGGCGGCAAUUUCAAACCGGACACCUUGAAGCCCAAGGAAGUUGUGUCGCUGCUGUUGGACGACGAGGAAAUUGAACUCAAAUAUCGACAGAAGUCCGAAGAGAAGAAAAUGUUUGAAGAGAGAGAACGCAAGAGAAAGCUCGGAAUCCUGCCCAGUGCUAUUUCGUCGCCGCCGGUGGAAGUGAAACGGCCCAGGGAUUCCGCUUCGGAGCCCGGCAGCCCCCUGCAAGUCGACGACGAGAGCGACGGUCUGGUAGUGGACGUGCCCUCGCAGCCACCCACCCCCACCUCAUACUCGCCGUCGUUCCGCCCGUCGUGGUCGGGCAGCCGCGGGAGUCGCGGUUCGCGGCGCGGCCGCCCGCGCGGCUCCCGACACUGCGCGUCGCGCCGCCCGCGGCCCGCGCCCGACAACAACGCGCUCGCCGCAGGAGCAGCGUUGUUGGAGUCCGAUGCGCCCCUCGAGCCCGAGGUACCGGCGCCGGUCGAACCAAGCCGGGGUCGACGCGGACCUGGUCGGCCCCGGCUGCGCAGUGCGGCGCCGCGCGGCCCCUCCCGCCGCCCGCGCCGCCCCCGCGAGCCCCUGCUGGUGCCGCUCGCGCCGCCACCCUGACCGGAGCGUCCGGUGUCGGAUGAGGGUUCGCUCACUUCCGGCUCCUGUCCAAACGCGGCCGCCCUCCCCGGCGACAGCUUAAUGAAAUGAUGUGCUCAUAAAUUAUAACUUAACAUAUCCUGACUUGUUGUAUUAUUGGUAUUGUGAUCAGAACGGUAGGUUAGUAAUGAUGCGAGAGAUUUGCAACAUGCGUAAUGUACUUGAUACCAAAACUUCGCUAUGAACUUUGUUUUUGAGUUGAAUAUUUUAUUAAAUAAUACGUGAAGCAAAAACUUUGUAUCCCUUUUUACGAAAAUUGCGCGGACGGAGGAGUAUGAAAUUUUCCACACUUAUAAAGAAUAUAGAGAAGAAGUGCACAAUGCUAAUAUUUUUUUAAAAUAAUGCAUAAAAGAUACAUUAAAUUAAUAAAGAAAACAUUACACACACUACAUACCAUGUGUUUGACGCACACGCAUGCAUACUAUUUAUUGUCAAACUUUUGUUCUUGACGUCUGUUGUCAGAUUGAGAUUAAAUAUUGUUUGCCUUUGUUAAUAUUUUUUAUAGUGUAGUCUUGGCGAAAUUUGUGAUUAUAGAAGUAUAAAAUACAAUCAUAAUAGUGUACAAACUUACAAUUCCAAUCAAUUAUAGUCGAACUUCGACUACUGCGGGACCUCUAGUUUUAUUAAAUUUAUGUUAUGUAGUUAGAGGUCAUAGAUGUCACAAUGCAGCCACUUGAUCUGAGAGAUGUGAACUCGAAUUUUCACUUACACGAGUGAAAUUGCUUGAUUGAAAAUCAAUAUAUUAAGUAAAUUGUGUUAUUAAAAAAAUUCUAGUUAAUAUAGACUAAUUUAAAAAUGUAAUUUCAAUAUUUUUUUUAAAAGCUCACCUUGGUUAUUUUUUAAUAAUUAAUUGAAAGCGUCAUUGCUUUUCGACGUAGUGACGUCAUCAAUGGCAUAAAAAAGUGGUAGCCAUUGCCUAUAUCACCCGUUCUUUCUCUGUAAAAAAUAUCUCUGAAAACAUGUUUGGAUUGUUAUAGACCGCAUAAUAUAGUCUUAAAAAUAUUUAAGUCAUGACUGCCUUCAUGUUUCGAGUCGAAAUGAGAAAAUUGUUUUGAGGUUACUUACUAUCAGGAGUAAAACAAAAACUAUUUUUUUUUAAGAGAUUUUAUGACCUGGUAACUGAGACCUUUAAGUCAUGUCUUAUUUUAAUUUAUAUUAUUCAUAUUUUUAUGAAAAAUGAUAUUAUGGAGUGAAAUGAAAUGAAGAUGAUUAAUUUGAGACACUAAUCAACUGGGAUUAAAUUAAAUGAAAGGAAUUGAGAUAUUAUGGGAUGAAAUAUUAUAAUCUCACUAAAAUGGUGGUCAUUUACUAAGAUUUUUUCAGUGGACUUUUUGGAGGAUCCCGAGAAGUUACGUCCAGCGGCUUUGUUUCGUUUUCCCACAUUUGUGCACUUUCACAGAUAUUAAACAGUUAAUAAACCACCAUUAUUACACAUUUAAACUCGAAGAAACACUAAAUAAACAAAAUAAAACAAAUCACACAACUUCACUCCUUGCGUUCCCGCCAAAAAGUCAUCAAACAAAAACUCACAUAAGCGUCGUACACAGAUUAUACAAAAAUAUAGGUUAAUAAAGUAUCUGUUUGAAUAAAGAAUAAUAAAGUCGAUGAUGACGUCAUUUGAGAAGAAAGUCAAACAUAUUUGAUUAAGAAUAUUUGUAAUUAGCCUUCUGACAAGGUAGACCGACGACCUAUUGAGGUUUGAGAGAAUCCGCUCAAUCCAAGCAGCGCAGGACGGGUCCUUGUGGCAAGGUUUGGAAGACCCCUAUGUCCGGCAUGGGACAUCUCAGGGCUAAAAGAUAGAUAGAUAGAUUGGGAAUUAAAUAACUUUCUUCAUUAAAAUGGAAAUGGUUUUAUUAUGAAAAAAAAUAUAUAUUCCCAUAAGCAAAUGUCAGUAGUCAAUAAUCUUUAUAUACCUAGUUAAUGUGAUCGUAAUCAAAAUUGUAAAGGAUUGCUAGGGCUCGUUUAGCAAUCUCCUCAGGUUUGAGCCCCGUGAGCUCACCUACUAGUUAAGGUUACGCUGAAAUAGCCUCUCAAGGCUCUCAGAUUAGGUAGAAAAAGAAAAUGUGAAAGAGACGGUAAGAGAAUCAAACAGCGCGAGUAGAUACAACAUAAUUUCUUUACCGAGUUAACUUGAGCAUUGAGUCGUAGCCUUCAGCAUCAAGGUGAUGGAGGGAAGGGAAGGGGGAGGAGGAAAGUGGGAAACAGGAGAUUUCUUCUUGAGGAAAAUUGAACGAGGGAAAUACACUGACUACUAUACCAGAGGACGUUUGGCUACGAAAUCUGGAAACGCCACUUCUUAUGGUCGACUAUUUUCGCCUUAGAUUUAAUAUUGGGGUCAGAAUAAGUUUAAAAUUACAUUACAUUACGUGGGCAUGCAUGUGUUAAAGAAAUUCAUGUCUAAAAUUUGCGAUAGCCGAAGAAAAAUAAACCACAAUAACUUUAGAAUAUAUAUUUUUUUGUAUUCGUAUAACAAAACGAAUCAACGAAGAUUGAAGUUUUACGUGUAAAAAAAUAUUUAUGUAAAUAAUAUAGUAAUUAGAUUAUUUACGGCAAAUAUGUGUAAUAUGUAUUAAUAAAAUGGCCGUGUUGAAAUUG